AUGGACUCCGACGACGAGAUCGAGGGCGACCCCGACGCGCCCAUCGAGGACCGCGACGCGGAGGGCACCGACGUCGUCCCGCCCUCCGAGGACGCCGCCGCCGUGGUCCGAACCCACCGCGGGAGCGUGUACGCGUGCGCGUGGUCCCCCACCGCCGCCGAUUGCUUCGCGUCGGGCGGCGGCGACGACUGCGCGUUCGUGCACCGCAUCGGCCCCGACGCAUCGACGGUGACGUCCGUGGCGCUCAAGGCGCACACCGACACGGUCUCGUCCGUGGCGUUCAACCACGACGGUACCCUCCUCGCCACCGGCGGCCUCGAGGGCAGGGCGUGCAUCUGGAGCGUCAGCACCGGCGAGCUGCUCCGGACGCUGGAGGGACCGGGCGGCGGGCUGGAGUGGGUGCGGUGGCACCCCAAGGGUAACGUCCUCCUCGCGGGGUCCGAGGACUUCACCGCGUGGAUGUGGAACGCUGACAACGCGGAGCUCAUGCAGGUGUUCGCGGGACACAGCAACAGCGUGCUGUGCGGCGGGUUCUCCCCCGACGGCCGCGGCGUCGUCACCGGUUCAUUCGACGGCUCUCUUCGGGUGUGGGCGCCUCGGAGCGGCGAGUGCGUCACCUUGUUCCAGGGGCACCCCUUCCACGACGGACCGGUGACGUGCGUCGACUUCCACGCCACGACCCCGGGGUUGAUGCUGACGGGAAGCGAGGACAACACGUGCAGGCUCGUGAGCGGCGAGAGCGGCAAGGUGCUCGGCACGUUGGCCGGGCACACGGAGACGGUGGAGUGCGUCGGGCUGAGCGCCGAUUUUCCAUUCGCCGCGUCCGGCGCGAUCGACGCUAAGUGCGUGGUUUGGGACCUCAACACGUCGCAGCCGAGGACCACGCUGAUGCACGACAAGGCGGUCAGCGCGAUCAAGUGGAUUCCGGGCACGGCGUGCCUGUACAGCACGUCAAUCGACGGGUGCGUCCGCCUCUGGGACACGCGCACGUCGCAGUGCCAGGCCGCGAAGUGGGGGCACACCAAGGGCGUCCUGGACUUCGCGGCCUCCCCGGACUUCAAGUGCCUGGUCACCGCGUCCGACGAUCACACCGCGAGGGUGUUUCAGAUGGUCCAGUAGCUCCACGAUGUAAACCAUAAACUCGAUCAUCGU